CUUUCCCUCUCUAGUAACCCUCAUCUCAGAGCAGAGAACUGACUUCACUUCAGGAACAAGCUCAGCCCAGUCCGGAUCCCUCUUUGCACCUCCAAACACUUACUGAGGAGGCGAGCAAGAGGGGUUCCCUCUGUCCGGGCGGCACUGGUUGAACAUGGUUUAAAGGAGAUUUUCUUUUCUUGUUUUUUUUAAAUUUUUUUCUGCUUUUGAUUUUUUUUUUUUUUUUAAUUCCUGAUGCAGCGAGAAACUGCCUGCAGGCUGGUACACUACCACCACAUCAUGAGGUCUAUGGAUCAAGAAGAACCGACUCCACAUAAAACCAACAGCCCACCCUCUGGAGUUACAUACGCUCAUGAUGUCUUGGACUGUGGCCUCAAGCCAUGCCCCCUGCCUUUUUCUAGCCUUUCUGCAGAUCCCAUGGGCAGAUAUGGACAGCCAGAUAGCAUAGGGCCAACACCUACACACCCUGCCAACGCUGCAGGGGCCUCUGCUCCGAGCCCUAGGAUUGAAAUAACUCCAUAUCAUGAACUGAUUCAUUCAGGGGGUCCCUUCCGCGGCAGAGACACAGAUGUUCUUUUGGUAGAACAUCAGUCAAACUCAGCCACCACUAGCCCGAGGGUUACCCUGCCUGUCCCUGGCUUUGAGGGCUACAGAGAACCACUGUGUCUGAGCCCAGCUAGUAGCGGCUCCUCUGCAAGUUUCAUUUCAGAGACAAAUGUAUCUCCUUGCACAUCACCAUGUGUUUCACCAAAUAAUGGUCCUAGUGAUGACCUUUGUCCACAGUUUCAAAACAUCCAUACUCAUUAUUCUCCUAGAACCUCUCCAAUAAUGUCACCACGAACAAGCAUCACGGAGGAAACCUGCUUGGGACGCCAUUCACCAUCACCCUGUCCCAACUCAAGGUCUUCGUCACCAGGUGCAAAACGGAGGUACUCUUGCACUGAGCUCUACAGUACUCAGCUGCCUUCCACCUCUCCUCGGCAGUCACGGACCCCCUCUCCACAGCCCUCUCCUCGCAUCCCCCUGAGAGAAGACACCUCUGCAGUUACUUACACGCAGUUGGCCAGCGCUCCCCUUUCCAUGGAUGCUAUGAGCAGCCUUCCUACGGAUCCUUCCUGUGGUGUCCCCACGAAAAUUUGGAAAACCAGCCCUGAUCCUUCAUCCAUGUCUUCCCACAAAAACAGCAUUCCAUGUCACGUCUUUCAGACUGUUGACUUCCACGGGCCUUGUGAGCAGGAGGACAGGAGAAACUCGGCCCCAGAAUCUAUUCUGUUGGUUCCUCCAUCCUGGACAAAGCAGCUGGUGCCUGCAAUACCCAUCUGCAGUUUGCCUGUGCAGUCCCUCCCGCCCCUGGAGUGGCCCCUGUCCAGCCAGUCUGGCUCGUACGAGCUGCGGAUCGAGGUGCAGCCCAAGCCCCACCACCGCGCGCACUACGAGACCGAGGGCAGCCGGGGCGCCGUCAAGGCUCCCACCGGGGGCCACCCCGUGGUCCAGCUGCACGGGUACAUGGAGAACAAGCCCCUGGGUCUGCAGAUCUUCAUUGGCACCGCGGACGAGCGCAUCCUCAAGCCCCAUGCCUUCUACCAGGUCCAUCGCAUCACGGGCAAAACCGUCACCACCACCAGCUACGAGAAGAUCAUUGGCAACACCAAGGUUUUAGAGAUCCCCCUGGAACCCAAAAACAACAUGAAAGCAACCAUCGACUGCGCGGGGAUCCUGAAGCUGCGCAACGCGGACAUCGAGCUGCGCAAGGGCGAGACCGACAUCGGCCGCAAGAACACGCGCGUGCGCCUCGUCUUCCGCGUGCACAUCCCCGAGCCCAGCGGCAGGAUCGUGUCCCUGCAGGCGGCCUCCAACCCCAUCGAGUGCUCCCAAAGGUCUGCUCAUGAGCUUCCAAUGGUUGAAAGACAAGACAUCGACAGCUGCCUGGUUUAUGGAGGACAACAGAUGAUCCUCACUGGACAGAAUUUCACAGCAGAGUCCAAGGUGGUGUUCACAGAAAAAACAUCAGAUGGGCAGCAGAUCUGGGAAAUGGAGGCAACGGUGGACAAAGAUAAGAGCCAGCCUAGCAUGCUUUUUGUGGAGAUUCCCGAGUACCGGAACAAGCACAUCCGCACAGCCGUGAAGGUGAACUUCUAUGUCAUCAAUGGCAAAAGAAAAAGAAGCCAACCCCAGCAUUUCACCUAUCACCCAGUACCAUCAAUCAAAACAGAGCCCAUUGAUGACUAUGAUCCAGCCUUAAUCUGCAAUACAGUACACAGUGCUCUGGGGACAGUAACACAGCCUUACUAUUCACAGCACACAAUGGCCACCGAGUCCCCUUCCUGCCUCGUGGCCACUAUGGCUCCUUGCCAGCAGCUGCGCUCAGGCCUUUCCUCUCCCGACUCGCGGUACCACCAGCAGAACCCAGCUGUGAUUUACCAAAGGAGCAAGAGCCUGAGCCCCAGCCAGCUGGGCUACCAGCAGCCCAACCUGAUGGCCACACCAGUUGCCAUUGCAGAUGCCCACAGGUCCGUGCUGGUGCACGCUGGUUCUCCAGCCCAAACAUCAGCCGUGCUGCACCACUCCCCAGGCCACCAGCAGCCUUCUCCUGUGAUCCACUACUCUCCAACCAACCAGCAGCUGAGGUGUGGAAGCCACCAGGAGUUCCAGCACAUCAUGUGCUGUGAAAAUUUCACAUCCAACGUGUCGAGAUCCAGCCAGCCCCAGGCCAGCCAGGCCCAGAGGCUGAGCCCCAGUUCGUACCCCACCGUGAUCCAGCAGCAGGCGGCCCCAGGCCAGCGGGCAGCCAAAAAUGGGCCACCAGGGAGUGACCAGAAGGAGGUGCUGCCAGCAGGAGUGACCAUCAAGCAGGAGCAGAACCUGGACCAGGCGUACCUGGAUGAUGAGCUGAUAGAUACACACCUUAGCUGGAUACAAAACAUUAUAUGAAAAAGAAUGACUGUGAUCUUUGAUCCAAGCAAUCAAAAAGAAAGUUAAUGAAAUUAUCAGGAAGGAAUUUUCUGGACUCCCUGCCAGAAAUCAGACAUAGAAGAAGAGAUUUGUGAGACAGCUUUUACUGAAUCCUUCCAUAAGUGACCUCUUAGAUCCUUCCAGUGCCCCUGCAACCUCCAGCUUCCUUUGCACUUCAUCUCCAGGCAGCGACUCAGUGUGAGGAACAAUGAAUUGGCACCAAGUGACAGCCUUGACUGAGCAACUCGCCACCUCUGUCUGUAAACACCACGAAGGACACCCUUCCUUUCAUCCAGAGAUCACAUUGUUCUCCUGGAACAGAGCAUCUGUCUGAGGAAACACUUCAAGCCUGCUGCAAACCAUCUGUCUGUGCAUCCAUCCGUCGCAGGGAGACAGGACCUGUCCCCUGAGCAGGGCACAGAGCCUGGGGGUGGACACUGGGGGUGGGGAAAGGGGAACAAAGAGUAAUAUAUUCCAUGAAAGAGUAACACCAUCCUGCAGGUCACUAACAAUGAUUUGCCCUCCAGGUUUCAAAGCCCUCCUGAGAAAUUUUAUUAUUGUAGGAAACUGACCCAAGCUCGCUCAGCCUUCAUCCAGUCUGGGAUCAAAAGCCAGUUUUCUCUGAGCACUGAUUGGUAUUUCAGACAGGAGAUGUCAGCUGAAUCCAGGAGUUUUCUUCAUUUUUCUUGUCAGACUGGAUAGGAAUUUGAAGGAGAGGGAUUCUCAUAGACAACCA